AUGCAUCAAAGACCUGUACCAAAGAGUUAUGUUCAGGCACUAGAGCGCAGCGUUGCAUCAUUAGAGCUUUUUAUACAACAACUACAUGAUGCAGACCAUUCAAAGAGAGACGAGAUGCUCAAGGGCUAUGUGCUCAAGUUGGAAAAGCCCAAGCCAAACAGCCCGCCGGCAGAUGGUAGAAUGGACCCAUCUACCGAAAUCGAGCUCGCAUUAGCCAGGGCCCGCGCCGGCCAACUGAGGAAACUCCGAGCUGGUAAUGCCUCGCAGUUCUUUGGAGGCACGAGCCUGUUCCAGAUCCACGGCGAUGAGCCGCCGGCAACUCAACCUCAGCACCACCAGGGCAACGAGGUCUUGAGCCCGUCUUUCGCUCAAACUCAAGCGUUCUCUCCUUCGGCUGUCUCGGAUCCCGGCCAAUUCCCAUACUCGGCACACGACGACAUGUGCCAGAAUCUCAUGGCGCACUUCUUCCGAUCACAAUAUCCAUAUAAUAUGUGCGUAUACCGCGAGUUCUUUCUUAGAGACUAUGAUAUAGGAGUCGGGCGGUAUUAUUCCGAGGUUCUUCUCUAUGCCAUUUGUGCAAUGGGUGCCCUGGCGUCAGCAGAUCCUUCAAUGCUGGCCAUUUCCGAGAUAUUUGCCAGCCAAGCCGAGUUUCUAGUGUACACCUCACUGGACAAGCCCGACUUGACGCUACUCCAAGCCAUGAUACUGCUCGGUUACAGAUUUAUAGGCCACGGAAAGGCGUCAAAGGGGUGGCUCUUCUGCGGCAUGGCCUUUCGGCUGGCACACGAGAUGGGCUUGCAUCUCGACCCGAACAAUUGGGGCCAGUCAGAGCCUGUGCUGGACAGAGACAGAGAGAUUUCACGCAGGGUGUAUUGGUCUGCGUUCAACGCCGAUAAACAGGUGAGCCUCUACUUUGGCCGUCCUCCGGCACUGUAUCCGCACGAGUCCGACGUGAGGAAUACGAUUCGUAUUCCGUACCCGGAUGACUGGCAAGGUCUGCUCGAAACGUACAUUGCAAAGAACACAUCUGCCACUGCCUUUGAGGACGGCAUCGCACUAUCCGGCAGCUUUAUCUACCGAACCGAGUUGUACAAGAUCAUACACACCAUGAUCACGGAUCUGUUUGAGAAUAGACGGCAGAACGCCGAUAGUGCCGUAAUGGCUGCCACGGCACAGCGGAUACAUGUAUCAUUGCACAAGUGGUUGGCAACCUUGCCCAGCAAACUAUAUUGGAACCAAUGGAGUAGCGGUCAAGUACAACCAUUUGUUCUUCACUUACAUAUGUUGUUUCACACGGCCAUGAUCAUCCUCCACCGCCCGCCACGCCAUCUAUUCAGUAAGCCGGGAGUCGCCGAGAGCGAAGACGUCGAGAUCUGCUACGAGUCACUCCAGGCCCUGCUGCGGCUCAUGAAGACGUACGCACGCUUCUACCAGUACGCCGCGCUGCCCCUCGACUUUGUCCACACGCUCUCGGUAACUGCCGGCACCUUGCUCAUGAAGCGAUACCUGGAGAACGCGGCCCAGGAAGACAGCGGCAUUGCCCGCGCCAUGCAAAUCGUCCUCGAAGCCAUGGACGCCGUCAAGUACACCUGGCCCUGCAUCGUCGAGAUCAAGGAGAGCGUCGAGCGCGCCAUGGAGGCGCAGCCCCGGUCUCAGUCAGAGAUGGAGGGUGGUGCCCGUGACCCUGUGCUCGACUUUGGGUUCCUGGUCGACUUUGGCGGCGUGGGCAAUGGUGGCGAUGGGUCGUCGGUUGCUGGCGCGAACCGUCCAGAUUUUCAAAUUUCGGAUGCGGAUCUAGGUCUUUUACUGGACGAGGGCUUCGCCAUGGACCAGUUUGAUUUCAAUGACCCGCUAACAGGCCAGACUCUAACCUUGGACGAGAACACGUAA